AAGAAGUAACAAUGGCAACUCAAAUUAAAUGUCAUCGGUCAUCCACUUCCACUUAUUAUUAUGACUUUUUUGUAAUGUUUAUUUUCGCACGGUUUUUGCAUAUUUCAGAAAUAUCGCUGAGAUCUAGCCACGAUGAAAUGCAAUGAAUACGAAAAAAGUAGAGCUCGCCACCACAUGAACCUGGACAAUUUAGAUAAGGCAUUACACGAUUUGGGCAUGUUGAGUGCACUAACGGAGGCGCGGCGUGAAUAUUUACGUGAGUCUAGAUCUAAUUUGGGCGUAAUGCGUCUUAACACUCGAUACGUGUCGAAUGUCACCGUUGGGUAUUGUAUGAAACGGAGUACAAACAAAAACAGACUUUGCCCGUAUGUGUUGCCCGUCAGGCACAGAACUAAAAGUGAAAACUCGGACGCGAUGGGUUGCGACGCGAGCGAUUCGAGCUGUGACUUCAAAUACUUGUUGGAGCCUUCCACGAGUACCUGUUCACGAGAGAGCGACAUGAAAAGUCCAGCAAAGCGCUGCCAGUCGCUAGAGAAUCUCAACCUCACGGCAGAAGCCCCACCGAAGCCCGAAACCUCACCUGAUAUGGACUGUGUGUCGACGAGGAUUCAGAAGUUACAAGUUGAUGAAUGAUAUUCAAAUUAAAAAUCAUCCCAAUAUAGUUAUAUACAUGUCACUAAACACACACACAUUGUAACAAUUUGCAACUGGCAGGAUAUUGUUCUGAGAUUCCUUAAGUUGGUUACAGCAUGUGUACUAUGGUGGUGCUAAUUUGGUACACAAAUCUCUAAGUUUCAAUAACAGCAGUGCAAUGUUCCAAGAAAAUAAAAAAACCAACACAUGUUUAGAAAUUUUGUAGAAACAAAUUAGCACCUUAAUGUUCACAAUUUAAUUUAUCCAUUCAGCACCUAUAUUGUACUAGAUAAAGUGGAAAUAUAGUGGAUAAUAUGAUAAAUCAAUAAUGCCCGUGCCGUAAUACAUAUAUUAACAUUUCUCUAGUCCCUGUCAGUUUGUAUGUUGUCUGGAUUACCGUGAUUUGUGACUAGUAAAUGUUAGAAUUUCAGUGAUAAUAAUAUGGACUAUUGAUGUAUUUUUCUGUGUACGCAUUUGUAUGAUAGUAUGAAAGAAUAGUAAAUACUGAUCAUAAAUGUUCCUAGAUGGUAAAUUAAUUUUGCAUGUUACUCUGGAACACUGUAUUGUUUAGUUAGGAGUUUUCAAUUAUGAAGCAAAUUGCUCAACAGUUUUGUUAAGGCUUGUACACACACAGAGUGACAGCAACUGCAUGGCAGUAUGUCACACUGAACAGGUAUACAAUUUGUAAUACACAGUACUGUAUCAAGCAAGUCACACUGCAGUGGAGAUUAAAUGGCUUCAUACAGUUCUUUGUAUUACAACUUUAUGGAGCUGUGUUUGACACAUCACCACUGCACAUGAUGUGUAUGGCCAAGCCUUUAGCAUAUUAUUUUCUAUAGACACUUGUGCUAAUUUGCUAGUACAAAUCUCUAAACAAAAUUGAUAGAUGUAAAAGUAAUGCUAUAGUUUUUGACAGAUGCAGAAAAAGAUGUCACUAUUUUUAAACCUGUCCUUUGUUUAGAGAUUAUGUACAAUAGAAUUAGCACUAGAUACUAUACCAUUAUAUUAAUUUCUUCCAAAAUAUCUCACUUUUAUUUUAUGAAAUCAAAAACAUGAAGUAUUGAAUUUUUACACUUGUUAUUUUAAUAAAGAGGUUGAGCUGAUAUUUUCAAAAUAUUUAAGCUAAUAGUGACCAAGAAUGUUAAUUUUGCUUAGAUUAUUAUUUUGGUCUGAGGAACUUACUUAACUUACUAUUCAUCAAAUAAUAAACCACCAUCGUCAUCACCUGGAAGUUGUAGUAUUUUUAUAGUUACCUAUGUUAAAUAGUUGUGAUUAAUGAGAACAAUUUUAUUUUAUUGUUGUCACUAAUGUGCUCACUUCACGUUGGCCUAACGCGGUCCGCCGCAAAUCUUGAUGUGUGCACCAAACCUGUUUAGUCGGCAAGCUGGCACGAGAGCGAUAGGCUAAAGCGGAUAGAGCGAUAGUGGGGACGAGUCAUAAGAUGUGUAUUUUAUUUUAAAAGACUUCCACUUUGAGAAUAUUGAGUUUAUUUAUUUUGUCAUUUAAAUUGUAAGUGUUUUUACAAAUUUCGUGUGAUUAGUGCUGUACUGUAAAUGGUUGUUAUUGGUAAGUUAGAACGAUCUCAUCUGUUGCAGCUUUGUAACAUAGACUAAAAGAAAAGAUAGAUAGGAAAUUUUAAACCCCCAUAAAGCCUGCUCUACACUGGCGUGCGAAUCAUGGCGCGAAAUAUUAGCGUGGAUGGUUGUUUCGCGCCGCGAUUUGCAAACGAGUGAAGAGCGUGCAGUGCGUUUUAGUUGCGUGUUCGCUUCAACUGCAUCCAUGGAAUUGUCGCCUAACACAGAAUAAAGACCCUAAAGCAAAUAAGUAUUUAUGUACAAAGCAGUAUGUUGCGUCAUUGUGGCAUGACGCAAACAGUGUUUAAAACACUGUGUCAUUUAAAAAGAAACAGUUUUAAACAUGUUUUCUGAUCUGGUUUUAAACAGAAUGUCUUAUCUUCUAAAAUCUUUAAAAAUCUAAUCUUUUUAAAAAAGCCAAAAGUGCUGAUUGUCACUGAGGUAUUGAUCAGGUAAGAAUGGAAAAUCUGUUUGAAACACAGACAAUUACUUAACAGAUUUGAGGAAACAUUUAAAGGAUAUUAUUUCCAUAAGAAAAAGCUUCUUAGUAAAAUAUCUAUUACGAAUUGCUUGCCAAAUCAAAUGUCUUAAUGAUCUUAAAUUGUGGCAUCACACAAACACAAACUGGCUUUACUUAAAAUGUUUUCGAGAUCCAUCUAUCUUUUUUUCUUUAGUCAGUACAUUAAUAGUAGGUAAUAAAAUUAUUUUAAAAGAGUCAAAGUUCACUUCUCACAACCACCGUUUUGCUUUUGUAACUUAGAAAAUAGUUGGUAAUAAAUAAUAUGUUUGUUAACAUAUUUUGUUAUUUUGUUUUCUUAUUUUAACAAAUAUUUUAAAUAAAUAUUGCCUUGAAAUAU